AUGGUUGUCCAUGGAAUGAGGGAACAUGCGACGGUGCCGCGAGAAAUGGCCAUCUGGAAGUCCUUAAGUAUGCUCAUGAAAAUGGGUGCCCAUGGGAUGAAUACGCAGGGUAUCAAGGCACAUGUGCAUCUGCUGCUGCACGUGGCCAUUUGGAAAUACUCCAAUAUCUACAUGAAAACGGGCACAUGUGCGGCAGCUGCUGGAAAUGGAAAGUUGGAAGUACUCCGAUAUCUACAUGAACAUGGCUGUCCAUGGGACGAAAGAACAUGCAGUGGCGCUGCAGGUAGUGGGCAUUUGGAAGCCCUGAAAUAUGCGCAUCAGAACGGGUGUGGAUGGAACAAGGAUACAUGCUCCGAAGCGGCUUGGAGUAGUCAUCCGGAAAUCCUAAAGUAUGCUCACGAGAAGGGCUGCCCAUGGGAUGCAGUGGCAUGCUCUGUUGCUGCAGAACGUCGCCUGAAAUAUGUCCAUGAAUAUGGCUGUCCAUGGGACCAAUUUGCGACUGCAAAAGCAGUAGCAGUCCUGAGGUAUCUACAAGAAAAUGCUUUGGAACAAGGACACCUGCAUGAGAGCAGCUGAAAGGGGAUAUGCGGAAGACUCGGCAGAUGUUGAUGCAUCUCUAGCUCUGACAAAGAAAAUGGUUGUUGAGUGCUAGCGGCAUCCUGGGUGGGAAACCACGGCUCGGCGGUACCAGCCACGACUCCAACUCGGGUUCAUUUUGCCUCCUGUGGAAAUCUAGGUGUGGGUUUGGG